AUGGCGCUGGGUCCUCCCGCGCCGGGGAAGAAUUGGCCCAGGCUGUGCAGCGGGGGAACCCGGAGCCCGGACCCCGCCACGGAGGCCAGGCUGCCGUGCACCAUCCUGGGUGCCCUCGUGGUGCUCCGGGCGCAGGUGGCAGCAGCCAUGGAGGAGCUGGACCGGCAGAAGAUUGGAGGAUUCUGGAGGGAAGUCGGUGUGGCCUCCGAUCAAAGCCUGGUGCUGACGGCCCAGAAGCGGGUGGAGGGCUUGUUCCUCACCUUGAGCGGGAGUAACCUGACCGUGAAGGUUGCAUAUAACAGCUCAGGAAGCUGUGAGAUAGAGAAGAUCGUGGGCUCAGAAAUAGACAGUACGGGAAAAUUCGCUUUUCCUGGCCACAGAGAGAUCCACGUGCUGGACACCGACUACGAGGGCUACGCCAUCCUGCGGGUGUCCCUGAUGUGGCGGGGCAGGAACUUUCGCGUCCUCAAGUACUUUAGUAAGCUUGGCCCUGGGGGGCUCUGCCCAGCUGCUGCCCUCCCAGGGACUGCCCGCCCAGCCCCCCUGUGCCCCACAGCUCGGAGCCUUGAGGACAAGGACCAGCUGGGGUUCUGGAAGUUUCAGGAGGUGACAGCAGACACUGGUCUCUACCUGGCGGCCCGGCCUGGGCGGUGUGCCGAGCUCCUGAAGGAGGUGAGCCUGACCCCCGACCCUGGCCUGUGCUGAAGUUCCCGGGCCCCUGGCCCAGUCCCUGGCCCUGUCAGGAGCCCCCAUGGCUCCGCCUCCCGGCCCUGGGCUGGGGCCUGUUCACCCCUUCCUGUGAACAGGACACCAAACACCCCUGGUGGGCAGCUCCAGAGAUGAGUCUG